UAUGAAUCACCUCAGGGAAAUAAGAUUGGAGCAGUCAGAACACUAUGUUCACUAGCAAAUGUUAAUUUAAAAUCGGGAAAAUAUCUUGAACAAAUGGUAGCCUAUAGUAAAAAAAAAUAUGUAAAACUAUCCUAUGGACUGGACUGACAUGACCCUUCUGACAAAUGCCCCUACGUCUUCCGUCGGCUUGAGCUACCAUACAGACGUCAGUGACUGUAUGCUGCCGUGAAGAUGGCGGAGGCUGCGGCGGCACCACAAAACCGUUUUUUCUGUCACUGUUGUAAAGGUGAAAUCGACCCUAAACUCCCGGAAUUCACAUGCCCCAGGUGUGAGUCCGAUUUCAUUGAGGAGGUGACAGAAGACUCCAGUCUCUUGGAGAACAGCAGCACUGCAGAGGCCAAUGAUGAUGCAGGCACACUCUUUUCAGAGCUGUGGCAGCUGCUGUUUAUGGAACGCUCUGCUCUUCUCUUGGAUCCCUCCACCUCUGAGUCUGAGUCUGACCAAAGCCAUCUACAGGCUGCCACAGUGGAGGAAGACGUAGAGGGACCUUCUGAAGUGCCUGUGGCCUCUAUGGGAGGCACAGAUCCUUUAGUGCCUGAAGCGGAACGCCCCUCUCGUCCGCCUAGCCAGGGGAGGCGACAGUCCCACACGCCAGCAGUGGAGGGGUUAGUGGAGAUGACCAAUUACUUAUCACUGAUCUUGAUCUGUCUACGGUGUAACAUUAUUACCUUUAUCCACUCACUCUCUAUUAGCUACCUUUCAUGGUUUUGCCCCAUGCCAAAAGGUCCAGGCAGUAUUGUGGCAGCAGUUUUUGGCUGGUCUGUUUUGCCAACAAUGGAAACUCAGGCUAUCGCACCAGCUGCACUGUCUGGCAUGCUCCAUUCAAAUCCAGGGGACUAUGCCUGGGGUCAGGGAGGUCUAGACGCAGUUAUCACAGAGUUGUUAGGUCAGUUUGAGGGCACAGGACCACCUCCUGCAGAGAAGGAGAUGAUCUCAUCCCUCCCCACAGUCAACGUCUCUCAAGAACAGACAGAUAGCAGACUGGAGUGUCCAGUAUGUAGGGAGGAGUACUCCAUGGGAGAGUCUGUCAAACAGCUGCCCUGCCUCCAUUAUUUCCACAGUGACUGCAUAGUGCCAUGGCUUGAACUGCACGAUACCUGUCCUGUGUGUCGUAAAAGUCUUGACGGCGUCGACCAGAGCAUCCAGCCCCCACCAGAACCCCCAGAGCCCCUCUCCAUCAGGACAGACCCUCAGGAGGAGAGACAGGCUAUUUGAGGAUUAGGCCUCCCUCUUCUACCUGUCUGGCAUCUCUUCUUCCCUUUACUCCUGAACGAGGCUCAUCUCUAUCCUCAUGCCUCAUCUUUGACCAUGCGUUUAUUGAAGGGACAUAUUUCAAUUCAACUGUGCCUCAUUGUCAAAAUUCAACUCUCCUCAAAAAUUCACUUCACAAUGCAUUUACUAGGGAACUUUGAUUGACUUUAAAAAGAUCCAAUAUGCCUGCAGUAUCACCUCACCUGUAAAUGGUUCCAACUGUUUUCUGACAAAAUGUUAUGGAUUCGAUUUGUCCCUUCGUAGUGGUAUUUCCCGCAGUGUUCUGAUUGGCUCUCAUUUUGUAUUCAAACCACAUGAACUGACAUCCUUGAGCCACAGGGAAGUGACAAAUGUGAUGAAAUUCAAUAAAUUGGGGGAAAUCCUAAAAGGUGAGCUGAACUCACUCUUGCGUUGAAGCUCUGGGUUAGAUAAUUUGCCCACUGUUCUCUCCGGCAUCUUUGGUUGCGUCCCAAUAAUCUCUCCUUUCUCCUGAAGGGUACACUUGUUCACUUCAUGGAUUUGAAAGGAAAUGACUGGUAUAUGGAAACUCCUUCCAGUCCAUGAAUGCUACACCAAUCCAAUGCUUUUACAUUUGUGGGGACUAGUGAACGAGUGCACACUUCCGUAGGAAGGAGAGGUUAUUGCAGAUUCAAAUAAUCAAAGCUGGAUGAUUAGUUGAUUAUUUGAGGGCAAAAACCAAAAUGUGUACCCCUUGAGGUCCCCAGGGCCGAGUUUGGGAAACCCUGGGUUAUUGGAAUGAAAACACUGAGAAUCUCAAUUGCAUACUCCUCACGUCCUCGCCUCCUUAUCAAAACCUAUUGGAGGAGAAGGUCAGAGGGGCGGGACAUCUGGCUUUCUCAUCCAAUGGGUUUUGAGGAUGCAAGGAGAAGACGCGAGGAGUACGCAAUUCAAAUUUUCCCGUCUCCCGCUUCCUCUUAAUCUCACAUAGCAGUAUUUGUUAAUAAUGUCCACCUCUCUUUAUGGCCCCAAUUAAACCCUAAUACUGUGUUCUUUA